AUGUAUGCUCAAGUGUGCACAAGACCUGACAUUGCAUUUGUUGUCGGAAUGUUAGGAAGAUACAAGAGUAACCCGGGAUUAGACCACUGGAGAGCUACAAAGAAAGUGAUGAGGUACCUCCAAGGUACUAAGGAUUACAAACUGAUAUUUAGAAGAACCAAAAAUCUGGAAGUAGUUGGCUACUCAGUUUCAGACUUUACUGGUUGUGUUGAGUCACGUAAAUCAACCUCUAGUUACAUGUUUAUGUUUGCCGAUGGAGUAGUGUCAUGGAGGACCGCUAUUUCUACUAUGGAGGCCGAGUUUGUUUCUUGUUUUGAGGCAACAUCGCAUGGUGUAUGGCUAAAGAGUUUCAUUUCAGGCCUUAAAGUUGUAGAUUCUAUUUCUAGGCCAUUGAAAAUGUUCUGUGACAAUUCAGCUACUGUAUUCAUGGCCAAGAACAACAAAAGUGGUAGUUGA